AUGGGGACAGUGCACUCCAGGAGUUUGGAGCCUCUUCCAUCAAAUGGGCCUGAUAUUGCCACAUUAGGUGUAGAAGCCAAAUUUGUUGAAGUUGAACCUGAAGCUAAAAAGGAAAUAUUGGAAAACAAAGACAUGAUAGUUCAGCAUGUUCACUUUGAUUGCCUUGGAAGGACUAGGGAUGGCAUCAUCAUGUGUGAAAUUGGAGAUGCUUUUAAGUCUAGAAACCUCAUUGAGGUGAUGCGGAUGACUCAGGAAGCCUGCAAGAAGUUGCUGUAUCUGGGGAUCUUUAGACAAGUGGACAUUUUGAUUGACACAUGUCAAGGUGACAAUGCACUGCCCAAUGGGUUAGACAUCACCUUCGAGGUGACGUUAAAGAGACUGAUGGGCAGGUACAACACCAUGGUCCGGAACACUGAGGGCAGCAUGGUACAUGGUCUCAAGCUCCCUAAUCUUCUGAACAGUGCAGAAAAAGUGACUUUUGAGUUUUUCUAUGGAACCAAAGAAACUUCCUAUGACCUUUCCUUCUUCAAACUGCAACCUGGAAACGUCAAGAGAAAUCUCUCUGUAAACGUGUACAAAGUCACUGGGCAGUUCCUGUGGAGCUCACUUCGGGAGGCCAAGUACAGCUGCCUCCCAAAGCUGUACUUGUCCACCAAGUACAGCUUUCCCAUAUGGAAGAACAGCCACACCAUCAAGUGGGAGGGCAUGGGGCAGGAACUUGGCUGCCUCUCCAGGAUGGCAACUUUCACGGUGCGGAAAGAAAGUGGGCAUUCACUGAAGUUUUCUCUUUUGUACGCCAUGGUCAUCGACUCUGGGAGUUCUUCCAUCUUACCAAGAAGAGGUGCCCUGCUGAAGGUUAACCAGGAAUGGGCGGGCUACACUGGCUGGGAUGUGAGUUUCCUAAAAGACUUUGAGCUUCAGCUGAACAAGCAGCUUGUGUUGGAUUCGGUGUUCUCAGCCUCUCUCUGGGGUGGAAUGCUGGUACCCAUUGAUGAGAAACCAUCGAGUAUUGCUGACAGGUUUUACCUCGGAGGACCCACCAGUAUCCAUGGACUCAGCAUGCAGAGCAUCGGGCCCCAGAGUGAAGGGGACUACCUGGGAGAAAAGGGCUACUGGGCCAGUGGCCUACACCUGUAUACCUCGCUGCCCUUCCAGCCAGCAGGUGGCUUUGGAGAGCUCUUCAGAACCCACUUUUUCCUGAACGCAGGAAAACUCUGCAAACUCAAGUUCAGGGAGGGCCCAAGAGUCCACAUUUCUGAACUGGCCAAGUGCAUCCACUGGUCCUACAGAGCAGACAUCACCCUGAGGCUGGGCAAUAUCACUCAACUGGAGCUCAACUAUUGCAUCCCCAUGGGAGUGCUGCAGGGCGACAGGAUAUGUGAAGGUGUGCAGUUUGCAGCUGGGAUGUGCUUCCUGUAG